AUGGAGGUUUUUGGCCUGAGGAGGACCCAGUCCUUGAAGAGUCUUUCUGGGAUUCAGGAAAAGUCGUGGGUCAAUGCAGUUUCCCCCGGCUGGAAGAGAAAGUCUGUCUCUCAAUUGGUGCAACAUUACCAAAGCUGCUCUGACUUAAGGAAUCCUGAUAGAGCAGAGCAGAAUCUUGAGCUGUCGGAAAGCUGGGUGGAUGGCGGAUGGAGAAGAGGGGACAGCAGAGAGAAUGUGGUCCUCUGGGGCUCAGGAAGGCGCUCUAAUCUUUCCAGGAGUCGCUCCAUGGAGUUCCUUCCUCAGAAGGAGGCUACGGGCACCAAAGCUCUGUGCGCCCUGUUCGAGUCCAAAGCUACCCUGCAGCAGGGCUUCAGCAGCAGCCCUCGGCUGAACAUGGCGUCUGAAACUGACAGUGUCACAAUGGCUGACCAGACCAGAAAAGUCACAGUUUUACAAUCAUCUCCUGAAGAAGAUGACUUGCCCCUCCCCCCACCUCCCCCUGUACCACCUAGACCUCUCAACUAUGAAGGGCCUUCAUCGUUAAGUAGCCUUCCCCUGCCUCCACCUAAAGAAACCUUCUCCACAUUCUACCAGCAACGGCAGAAAAAUGAGCUGAAGAGGCUCUUUAAACACAUCCACCCAGACUUACGGGCAAGUCUUGAUGACGCAGUGGAUGAUGAGAUCAUGAAGGCAGUGCAGUCAGAAAACACUGAGGCAGCAGAUGCAGAUUAUCAGGGGGAAGUGCAAUCCAUGAGGUGGAUCUUUGAGAACUGGACUCUGGACAGUAUUGGAGAUCCUCAUUCAACCAAAAAGCUGAUGGAUAAUGAGGAGUUAAAGGGUGGAGAUGUAAGAAGCACCUCCACGAUGUUUGAACAUAUUGACAGCACCCAACUACAGUCUGCCAAAAGGCAAAUUUCUGUCAGGGGGGAUGUGAGAACAUCAAUGUGGUUGUUUGAGACCCAGCCCUUGGAUUCCUUAAAUAGAUCCGUAAAUGAAGAGGGUGAACUAGUUGAGGCAGUGCUGAAAGAACCUGUACAGCCUGGGGAUGUAAGAGGGACUCGUCUGCUUUUUGAGUCUAAAGCACUGAGUGACUUGGGGCGCUGCAACUCUAUUGAAGAUUAUAGUUUCCUGAAACUGAGGUCUGAGCUUCAGGAGCUGAAAGGUGAUGUCCAAAAGACCGUGAAACUGUUUCAGGCAGAACCUUGCUGUGCUAUCAGAGACAACAGUGGCAAUAUGCAUGAGAUUAAAUCCAUCUGCAGGGAGGAGAUCGACAGCAGUGGUGUUUGCACUGCCCGCUGGCUUUUUGAAACCCAGCCUUUGGACCUGAUCAGUAAGGGAACUGAUGUCGUGAAAAUAAUUCGGGGCAUAUCGCUAGAGGAGGGUCAACGAGGAGGUGUUGACCGGAAGAGGUGGAUGUUUGAAACUGAGUCAUUUGACAGAAUACCUGAGGUUGUAGGAGAGAACACAUUUGAAGGAGCCAUAGCUGAGUGCACAGGAGAGGUUGAUGUCAUCAACAAGAAGAAAUUCUUUGAAAUGAAACCACUGGCAGCAGGAAACAUGGCAGAAAAGUCUUUGGAAAAGGGAGACGUAAUUGGGGGAGAUGUCAAGACCUCCCUUUGGCUGUUUGAAACGCAGCCCAUGGAGACGCUUAGUGAUAGCUAUGAAGUCGGGAGCCUGAAGAAAAUUACCCUUUCACCUGAAGAACAAGGUGAAGUAAAAGACAAAAAACAGUUAUUUGAAAGCUGCAGCAUUCAAAAGAGCACUUCAUUAAAAGAACAAGUGAUUGAAAAAGGUGACGUGAAGGGAUUCAAAGAACUUUUUGAAAAAAUUCCUUUGAGCAAAAUCGCUCCUUCUGGGGAGGAGAUUACCGAGAACGAAGAGUCUAUUGCAGUUGGAAAUGUAAAAGGUAACAGAGAAAUAUUUGAAACAACUCCAUUAUAUGCAAUAAAAGACAGCUCUGGAAACCUUCAUAAGGUUACAACAGUCAGCCGAGAGGAAUUCACUCAAGGGAAAGUCAAAAACUAUAAGUGGAUGUUUGAGACGAAGCCGUUAGACCAACUGGUAGAAGGAAAAGCAAAUGUGGAGGUAAUCAAAGGCAUCACAAGACAGGAAGACAACACAGGUGAUGUCAAAACGGCAAAGUGGCUUUUUGAAACACAGACAAUUGAUGGGAUUCAUUCAAAGUUCAAUCAGACAAAGCAAAACUCUUCUUUGGAGGAGGAACCACAUAAAGGUGACGUGAAGACCUGUAAAUGGUUGUUUGAAACACAGCCAAUGGACAUUUUGUAUGACAAAUCCGAAAAAACAAAAGAUAAAGAAGCCAUUGAAGAUACCAAUGUCAAGUCCAUUACAUGGCUUUUUGAGUCACAGCCUCUAGAUAGCAUCAAAGAUGGGGAAAAGUACAAUUUGAAGCUAUGCAGCACCAUACGAGAUUCAGUCCAAUCAGAGGUUGGUGUUCAAACUGUGAAACAUCUUUUUGAAACAGAGGCCUUGGACAGAAUAAGAAAGGAUACAAAUUCAGAACAAAAUCUGAGAUGUGUCAGCCAAGUGAACUUUCAGUCAGGGGAAGUUUCGCGAGUCAAAGAACUCUUUGAAUCCCAGUCUCUUGACGAAAUAGGAUCAGAAAUCGUGGCAGCAUCUGAUCAGCAGAACCAAGGCGAACAAAUCGAGAAAGGUUCUGUAAAUAAAUUUACUUGGAUGUUUGAGAACUGCCCCAUGAGCCAGAUCAACAAGGACAACAAUGACACAAAUACGCCAAGGGUUGAGAGUAUUGAAAGUGGUGAUGUCCAGAAGAAAAAGUUUAUAUUUGAAACAUCGUCACUGGAUAAAAUUCACGAUGAACCCGUUGAGCAGAAUUGGGUCAAUGUGGAGCAGCCUGUGAGCAAUAUAGACGUGAAGUCAAGCACUAUGAUGUUUGAGUCCCUGCCACUGUAUGCCAUCAGAGACAAAGAGGGCCAGUUUCAUGAAGUUACAACUCUAAAAAAGGAAGAGGUAAUGAGUGGUGACGUAAGAGGAGCAAGGUGGAUGUUUGAGACAAAACCACUCGAUGCCAUCAAGGCGGAGAAUGAAGUUUAUGUCAUACGAGCUGUCACCCAGGAGGACGUCAAGAAAGGAGACGUUAAAUCAGCCAGGUGGAAAUUUGAGACACAACCUCUUGACUCUCUUACGAGUCGAGAUGAGCUCUCAGUCAGGGUGACUGAAGACUUCGGAAGCAGUAACGUGCAGCUGAAUAAACAGUUAUUUGAAUCUGAGCAGCAGUGCAAGAAGUUUGUGAGAAUGGUUAGUGUCACUGAUGUGCAGCGUGGCGAUGUCAGGACCUCCACCUGGCUCUUUGAGAAUCAAACAAUUGACAGCCUGAAAGGGGAGCCUGAGGAGCAGGGUCCAGUAAAAGCAGUCCACAGGGAAGAUAGCCAGAAGGGAGAUGUGAAACGCUGCACCUGGCUCUUUGAAUCGCAGCCCCUGGACAAAAUUAAGGAGCCAGAAGAAACCUCAGUGCAAAGUGCUAAAGAUAUCCCAAAAGCUGAUGUGAAGUGCACCACCUGGCUCUUUGAGACCACUCCACUAGACAAAAUCACCGCCAACAGUUUGGCUGAUACCCUUUCAUAUUUGAAUGAAAAUGCUUUUGUUCACUCAAGCGGCAUCAUAAUAGAGGCAGAUGGCAGCAGAAAUGUUAACAUGGCAAAAUAUAUGUUUGAAAACAAAGAAGGGGUGCAGAUUGAGAAAGAGGAUGUUGUUGAGGGUAACAUCAGGAACAUCAUGCUACAGCUCUUGGUCAGACCGACUCUCAAACCACAAGUAACUCUUCUGAGAGAAACUGAAAAAGGUAAAGUUAACAUAACAGUAGUCGAGCUUCCAGUCUCCCAGGCGACCGGCACAGUCAACAUCGAACACGAUCAAAGACUACAAAACAUUGCCCAGCCAAAGGCUCAGGAAAGCAGCAAGAAACAGGAAGCAGCACAACUCACAGAGAGGAAAUCAGACUGCAAAAUGACCGUGUCAAACAGCAGUGAAGUGAAAACAGAGAAAAAUGUGAAACAGAAAAUCAAUGCAGCUGAGGAGAUACAGAUACGUAUGAGGGGUUAUGAAGAUGGUGAGCAUGAAAUCAACUCAAGCUUGAAGGCAGCACUAAAUAACUUUGAAGGAAAGGACAGAGACACUUCCAAGAAGGCAGCAAUCACAGAUGAUAACGGUAGAGGUCAUAAAAAGACAGAAAAAACUUCUGUCCAAGAAUACAAAUCAAAUCUCAAACCUCAAGAAAAACAGCACGAGCCCGGACUGCAGACAUCAGUCACUACAGGCCAUGUGCAGGAAAAAAACCCGGACCAAAAGCAACCAACAUUUGAGGAUAAAGUUGUUUUAAGAGAGAAGAAGGCAAGAGAGACAGAGGAUGAAAGACGACAAAGGCUCUCUGUACACAUGGAAGACAUCGUAAAAGGAAAUGUAAAGGCAGCCAUGGAAAUCUUUGAAAACUUUAGGAAAAGAGAGGAACUCAAGGGGAUCCUGUCUCAAGUGCAAGAAAUCGAGGGAGAGGCCAGCAGUGUAGAUGACACUUCACUGAAUACAUUAUACCAGAAUGUCCCUACUUGGAUGGGUACAUCAAGGAGAAACGCUAAGCAAAGUAAAAUAGAGGGAAAGAAAGUUGAAGCAGAAACCCAGGAUGAUGAUCUGGAAAGCAUCUCCUCAGUUGAGACGGCAUUUGAAGAUCUGGAAAAAGCAAGCAAGGAAAUAAUGAACCUGAAGGAACAGACUUUAGCAAAGCUGCUUGAAAUCGAAGAGACGAUUAAAAAGGCUCUGUACUCCGUGUCUAAUCUGAAAUCUGAGGCCGACAUUGCAGGCACACACAACUAUUCGUCUCUUUAUGGCGAAUUCUACUGCAUUUCUCACUACAAUCAGCUUUUUAAAAGAAAAGGAAAUUAUGACGAGGGCUUCGGUCACAAGCAACACAAAGACCGCUGGCUUGAUAAAAAUAAAGGGACAGAUGAGCCAGAUGCUAAGCCCACUCCCAAAAUGUCAAAGAACAAGUUAAACAUUUCUAAUGGCUACAGAGAGGCUUCUGCUGAAGCAUUUGCCACAAAGUCAUCCCUGAGAGCGUCGGGAGACAAAAGUGUUGCUGAUGUUAAAGGUAAACUAAAAAUGAGCUGGCCGCCAGAGAAGAAGAAUUCUCCGCAGCGAACAUAUGAACCAGCUCUGAAAAAUAAAAUCUCUGACAUCAGCAGAGCAGGUGCAGUUAGCAUGAGCUUUUCAGAGCAUUGGAAAAGCGACCGGAUCAGUAACAGAGAAGGAAUGAGAGAUAAGAGGGGGAAGGAACAGUCUACAACAGCAAGCUUUAUCUCAGCUGAGAAGUUUCCCUCAGAGAAAACAAAACCAGUCAGUCCUUUCCAAACUAACCACUCAGAAACAAGAAUUUCUGUCACGAAUCAAAAAGCAGUUCACACAAAUGUGGCCCCCACCUCAGAAGCAAACCACAGCCCAGUGACCAACAAGCUGGACACUUCUCCAAAUAAAGCUCGGAAAUCUGUAAGGUUUGCCCCAAAUAUUGAUGUCGCUCGAUACGACCGAUCCUCUCAGCUGAGCUCAGGUACAGAAAAUGAAAUGGUCGCAGAUCAGUCUGAACAAAUAAAUAAAACCAAUGAUGGAACAGACAUGAGUGAAAACACUAUACUUGACGAUUUGGCAUCUGAAUCCAGCGAAGAAAAUAGAAAAAGUGAGAUGUACCUUGAAAUCCCUGAAUAUAAGCACCGUGAAGAAACAGCCAAUAUGUCAAACCAAGAGCAUGAUGCGAACGUAGGGAACAGUUUCAAAACUCCGCAGAAUGAUAUUGAAACUCUGAACGGGGAUGUGCAGAAGGUUAAUGACUCACUCAACACCCAAAGUCUUACUGAAGCUUUCACUUCAACUAAAGACAUCAUGACACAAAAAGAGCCUUCUGAGAAACUGGAUGUCAGUCCAGGGAACCCUGUUAGCGAGCAUGAAUCAGAAAAUGUUGACACAGCACAAAGUCCUGCAGGACCCGUGAAUGGAGAGGAAGUCAGUCUUGAAAAAAGUAAAAAUCAGCCUGAAAAGCUUCAUGUGACUCUUGGACAAGAAGAAGGUGGUGAUCAGAAGAAGCCUGUUGGGAGAACAAAUUCUCUGAAAGGCUCUGACAAACAGGCUGAAAAGGCCAAAGGCAAACUGGGAUCGUGGUCCAAAGGAAAGAGCCCCUUGUCAAAACUCUUCACAUCGAGUGGAAAUGACAAAACAAACAAAGCAGAACAAAAGGAUGCCAGGAAAGCAGAUGUCAAACCUAGCAGUGGACUCUUAGGAAGGCUACUUCAGUCAUCCUCAGAGAAGGCUGAGGACGUCACAAAAUCAGCUGCUCAGGACAAGCGAAGGGAUGAAACUCAUGUUGAUGACAAAAAAACAGAGAAUGAAAAAGGCUCUGUUACAAAAGAUGCACAAAAAGAAGAAGACCCAUCUAAAGUCCCUCCUCAAGAACAAGCGCUUCAGAGCGACAUCACGGACAAGUUACAGUCCCCCGAGCCUGAUGCACUUAAUAAUGACUGUAGAUCUUCAGAACCUUCCAGCCUGUCCAUGAUAAGUAGUGAGACAGGUGAUGAUUUAACAUCCAUAGCGCAAACGGAUGCAAUUCUAACUGAUGAUCAAGAAUCUCAUUCACAGAGCAGUGAGGCUACAAACCUGCCCGUCUCUGAUCUGGAAAUAGAGUCUAAAGAUCUUGACCCUGCAGCACAAUUACUGAGCACACCGCAUGGGCAAUCAAACAGUGAGUUAAUACCUGAGAAAGGUGAUGAUGCAUUAAAUGACGUUUUUGGAGAUAGCGUCACGUCACCCUUUGCUGACCCACUGGCCACAGAGAUAAAAACAGAUGAAUCUGCCCAACAGCUGAACAAACAUGACCCACCAGCUGAAGGAGGAGGGAGCUUGAGCAGUGGAAUGCUUUUUGAUCUCAACCACAACGGUGCACAAGAUUCCUCUGAUUUCUUUGGUCUGCCCGACACCCCCAGCACAUUUUCAACUUCUAUGACUGACACAGCUUUGCUUGAACCUGCUUCUACUCAAAGCUCCAGCCUGGUUGACUCUGGACCAAUAUCAUUUGAAAAUGAAGCAAUCAUUGGCAUGUCAGGUCAACUCACCAUCCCUGACUCAACACCUAUAAGCCAAGAUGUUAGUCAACCCUUGGAUCCUUUUGGCAGCGAGAAGCAGACAAGUGAACAGGGCUUUGACAUAUUCAGCUCUAAUGAUGAUCUCUUCAAUCAGCCUCCUCCUGUUAAUGUGCUCGAUCAUGGAGGAACUGCUUUCCCUGAUGACAUCUUUGGAAGCAGCAAUGUCUCAAACAGUGCAGAUGUGUUUACAGGUCUACCAAGCGGUCAGGCUGCUCAGAGUUCACUGGAUGAUUUGUUUGGCUCUGAAGCAUCCUCUGUUGUUGCACCUCCAGCUCAGAUGGACCUUUUUGCUGAUGACAUUUUUGGAUCAGAAGCACAACUACUGCCAGUGUCUGAGCCAGGUGGUGCAAAUGUAUUAGCGGAUAGCUUGUUAGCAUCUGAAGAAAACAAUACUGAGCAAAAAUCAGAGAACAGUAGCUGGAUGGAUGAUUUGUUGGGUUAAAGAGAUGACUGUUAUAAUAACUCCAGCUCAGCCUACCUUUGCAUAUGUGGAUGUCUUACUUUGUCUCUCUUCAGCAUUGGGUACCACCCUUUUAUGGAGCUGGUUGUACUUGGCAUUCAGGCCAGAACAAUUAAGCUCAGGGAGAGGAGGGUGUUCAGAUUGGUUAACCUGUUUCAACUUAUUCUUUUGUUGAUGUUGUUGUUGUUUUAAUUUGCUCUUACAACUACCACCGCUACUACUAAUAGAAAUAAAAUAAACACUUUUUCACACACAUGUAUAUAA